GGAUUGAUGGAAAUAUGUAAACAAAAAUGGAAUGUCCAAUUUGUCAGUGUUUUUUUUUAAAAUCUAUAAUAGAAAAUCAUGUUAACGAUUGUUUAAAUUUAUCAAAAAAAAAUGAUACUAUGUCAUUCAAAAGAAUAUUUCCAUUUGAAAAAAAUACUGAAGACAAUAAUAGUCACUUGAUAAAAAAAACAAAAAUUGACAACAACAACAAUAUAAUUUCUCUAGCUCAAAAGUUACAACCAAAUUGUUUAGAAGAUUAUUUUGGACAAAAACAUAUUGUUGGUAAAUCAACAGUGUUUGGUAAACUUUUUAAUAAAAAUGAGCUAAUAAGUAUGAUAUUUUGGGGUCCACCUGGAUGUGGCAAGACAACACUUGUUAAUAUAAUUUGUAAAAAAUUCAACAUCAAUAAAAAAUGUCAAACAAAAUUAUUAAAACUCUCUGCAACAUCAUCUAAAAUUGGUGAUAUAAAAAUAGCAGUUGGUGCAGCUGAAAAUGAUAAAAAACAUGGUCAUAAAACAGUGAUAUUUAUGAAUGAUAUUCAUAGAUUUAACAAACUACAACAGGAUAUAUUUUUGCCUCAUAUUGAAUCUGGUACAUUUAUAUUAAUUGGUGCAACAACUGAAAAUCCAUUUUACAGUUUAAAUUCAGCUUUACUUAGUCGUUGUCGUGUGUUUUCAUUUGAAAAACUAAAAUCUCAAGAUAUUAAAUUAAUUUUACUCAAAGCAAUUGGAUUAUUAAAUGGAAAAAUACAAUCAACAAAUAAUUCUUUAAAUGAAAAUGUUAAUUGUCAUGUUGAUGAAAAAUUUAAAAUUAAUACAGAAACUUUAGAUUGGUUGAUUGAUACUUGUGAUGGUAAUGCAACAAUUGCUAUAAAAAGUUUAGAAAAAACAGUUAAAUCAAUAAACAACAACAAAGGAUCAUCUGCACUACUCAUGACAAUUGAUGACAUAAAAAUUAACAUGGAAAAAGUAGAUGAAUUUUCAGAUAACAACAAAUGUGAUAUGAAUGUUUAUUUGAUUAUGGCUUUGCAUAGAUGCAUCAAAGAUGGACAUGAAAAUGGUGCUUUAUAUUGGUUAGCAAGAUUAUUUAAUGCCAAGGAAGAUCCAGUAUUUAUUGCCAAGCGUUUAAUUAAUAUUGCUAGUAAAGAAAUAUGUCUUGAUGAUGAUCCAGAAGCUCAAAGUCUUGCUGUUAGUACAAUGUAUGGCUGUCAAAUGAUUGGAAUGCCAGAGUGUGAUGUUUUAUUGGCACAGUGUGUUCUUUAUUUAUGCAGAGCUUCAAAAAUCCCAUAUCAUCAUCAAAUAAACUCUUGAAAAUAAUAAAUGAAAAAUGUUUAAAUAUCAUGAUAAAAUAAAAUGAGCUCUAUAAUUUAGAAUUUUUUAUCAGUAUAUAUACAUAUAUUAUUUUAUCUUACUCAAAUAUCUUGAUUGAAAAACAAAAUCAUAUAUAUAUAAGUAUACCUACUCAUCAAGGCACUGCUGUCACAUUCGAAAAUGAUUUUUAAAAUUGGUUCUUGGUAUUAUUUUUUAUCACUAUUAAAUAUUAUUUUUAUUACGAAAUCCAAUCAUGUUGCAUCGAAUCCCAAAAUAAUUGCUGGUACAACUGACAGACGCAAUAGACAAGGAACUGGACAAGUCAAAAAUGUUGCAUGGGUUGUAUAUCAUGAAGACUAUGAUCCCCAUCAAUUAUGGAAAAAUGACUUGGCAAUAUUAAUUCUAGAAUCACCAAUUAUUCCAAAUUAUAAUACCCAAGAAAUUUCAAUUCGUAAAAUUGCCUUUGUUCCUAAUCGUAAAAUAAAAAGUACCGGAUGGGGUGGCCAUGUAACAUCAAAUUUCGAAAUAAUUGAAAAUUUUCAAAGAAUUUAUUUGGAAAUGAAAAUUAAUACAAAAUGUCGUGAUAUUUAUGGAUUUGACAUUGGUAUCAAUCAGAAAUGUGCCAAGACUCUCGAGAUAAAUCAAGCAAUUUCUUUGGGUGAUGGUGGAAAUCCAUUGAUUGUUGAUCAACAACUUGUUGGAAUUGUAUCUGUCUAUUUAUUGACAGGAAGUCGUGUUAUUGUUUUUACAAAUCUUUUGGGAUAUGUCA